UGCCGGAAGUUCGAGCCCCUGUGCCGCUCUAGCCCUCGCUCCGUAUUCGGCGGGGGGAAAGGUUGCGGGCGAGGGCGGCCGAGGGAGCUGGGUGGUGAAAGCGGAGUGGCGCGAGGGGGUUGCGCGCAGCAGGCCGCGGCUCCCCGGCCAUCUCCGCAGCCAGAUGUGAGCGGGGCCCUGGCUGCGGGGCCCUGAAGGAGCGGGGCGAUGAAGAAGGACGUGAGGAUCCUCCUGGUGGGGGAACCCAGAGUUGGGAAAACAUCACUUAUUAUGUCCCUUGUAAGUGAAGAAUUUCCUGAAGAGGUUCCUCCGCGAGCAGAAGAAAUCACCAUCCCAGCUGAUGUUACUCCAGAGAGAGUGCCAACCCACAUAGUGGAUUAUUCAGAAGUUGAGCAAAGUGAUGAACAACUCCAUCAUGAAAUAUCGCAGGCAAAUGUAAUUUGCAUAGUGUAUGCAGUGAACAACAAGAAUUCAAUUGAUAAGGUGACAAGCCGAUGGAUUCCUCUCAUCAACGAAAGAACGGACAAAGAUAGCAGGCUGCCUCUUAUACUGGUUGGGAACAAAUCAGAUCUUGUUGAAUACAGUAGUAUGGAGACUAUUCUUCCCAUCAUGAACCAAUACACAGAGAUAGAAACUUGUGUAGAGUGCUCAGCCAAGAACUUGAAGAAUAUAUCCGAACUGUUCUAUUAUGCACAAAAAGCUGUUCUACAUCCCACAGGACCUCUCUAUUGUCCAGAGGAAAAAGAGAUGAAACCUGCCUGUAUAAAAGCACUUACUCGGAUCUUCAGAAUUUCAGAUCAAGAUAAUGAUGGCACCCUUAAUGAUGCUGAACUCAACUUCUUUCAGAGAAUUUGUUUUAACACUCCAUUGGCACCUCAAGCACUGGAAGAUGUAAAGAAUGUAGUCAGGAAAAAUCUAAGCGAUGGAGUUGCGGCUAACGGAUUAACGUUAAAGGGCUUUCUUUUUCUGCACACGCUGUUCAUUCAGCGAGGGAGACAUGAAACAACUUGGACAGUAUUACGGCGCUUUGGAUAUGAUGAUGACCUAGAGCUCACGCCAGAGUAUUUAUUUCCUCUGUUAAAAAUACCUUCUGACUGUACAACAGAGUUGAAUCACCAUGCAUAUUUGUUCCUUCAGAGCAUUUUUGAUAAACAUGAUUUGGACCGAGAUUGUGCUUUGUCUCCUGAUGAGCUCAAGGAUUUGUUCAAAAUCUUCCCUUAUAUGCCAUGGGGACCAGAUGUCAACAACACUGUUUGUACAAAUGAAAGGGGCUGGAUAACCUAUCAGGGAUUUCUCUCUCAGUGGACACUAACUACAUACUUAGAUGUACAGCGCUGUCUUGAAUAUUUGGGCUAUUUGGGAUAUUCAAUAUUGACUGAACAGGAAUCGCAGGCAUCAGCAAUUACAGUAACUAGAGAUAAAAAGAUUGACCUUCAGAAAAGACAAACUCAGAGGAACGUGUUCAGGUGUAAUCUUAUUGGGUUGAAAGGCUGUGGGAAAAGUGGAGUCCUCCAGGCACUACUUGGAAGAAACCUAAUGAGACAGAGGCAUAUACGUCCAGACCACAAAUCUUAUUAUGCAAUUAAUACAGUUUAUGUGUACGGGCAAGAAAAAUACUUACUGUUGCAUAAUGUUUGUGAAUCUGACUUCCUGUGUGAUGCUGAAAUAAUGUGUGAUGUUGUAUGCCUAGUAUAUGAUGUCAGCAAUCCCAAAUCCUUUGAAUACUGCGCCAGGAUUUUUAAGCAACACUUCAUGGACAGUAGGAUACCUUGCUUAGUGGUAGCUGCCAAGUCAGACCUGCAUGAAGUUAGACAAGAGUACAACAUUUCCCCAGCCGAGUUCUGCAAAAAACACAAAAUGCCUCCACCGCAAGCCUUUUCUUGUAACACUGUUGAUGCACCAAGUAAGGACAUCUUUGUUAAGCUGACGACGAUGGCCAUGUAUCCCCAUGCCCGGUUACGCUGUAUGUGCACCUGCAACAGGUGUACAUUUUGCAUCUGUCAGAACCUCCUCAACUCAGACUUGCUGCAAUCUGUAAAGAACAAACUCUUCACUGCAGUUCUUAACAGGUUAAGAGCCCGUGUAGAUGAGUUGGGUGCCAUGCUGUUAGCAGACGAGGGGAGCAGUCUUAUUCACCAGGUGCACGCCGUCAGCUCUGUGGAGAAUUCCAUCUUCAUGGAGUCAUCCCUUGAUCCACAGUUACUGGAAGACAGGCAUGUGACACAAGCAGACCUCAAGAGCUCUACAUUUUGGCUUCGAGCAAGUUUUGGUGCUACAGUCUUUGCUGUUUUGGGCUUCGCCAUGUACAGAGCAUUACUAAAGCAGCGAUGAUGUGGAAGACCGCACGUUUUGGGGAGGGAGGGUACCAAAGGGGAAAAAAGAGAAACUUUUAUGUACAUUCUAAAACUGCUAGAAAUAUUUAUAUAUGCGAGUUACUUUAUUAUUUGUAAUUCAUGAUAAGAUUAUUUUAAAUGAUAGUUCUGAACUUGCAGUAUUGCAUAGGUUGUGGAAGAGAGGUUUUGCAUUACAGUGGCUACAUUUCGAUGGCCAAAAGGGAAUUAUUGUAAAAUAACUUGUAUAUAUUAAGGCAGUGAGUUAUGAUGCCCCUAAAAGUUAUUGGAAACACCGCUGUUCUAUGUUUCAAAUGGAGUGAGAGAGAGUGCAAUUGGAAUUUAAUUUCAGCAGUGUAGGCUCAAGUCCAGGAUCAUCAUUCCUCCCUUCCUUUAUUUCACAGGCAUCUGAAGUUUUCUUUUAGGGCUACAGGGUUUGGGGAGGGCUGAUUUCUUUGUCUUUAGUAACAGAACUGCUCACUCAUCCACUGAUCAUAUUUCACAGGAGUGUUUUAAUGUGCAAAUUUGACUGAACUUGGAUUGAUUUUUUUCUACCCUGCAUUGUACAACUAAAUGUGCCACACGUCGAGGAGGAGGAGGAGGAGGAGGAGGAGGAGGAUGGUGUGUUCCCUUUGUUAAAUCGGAAGCAAGUGCUGUUGUUACUCGUCAACAUCUGACACUGUGUGCCAUCCUGCAGUACUCUCAUUUUCCUCUGUUUUGUAGCUGUUUCACAUUCAGUGGGCAAUCGAUUUGUAUAUUAUAACUGUUUAUAAUUCACCAAAAGUAUUUGUUUCAUCCCUUACUCUCCUUAAAGAUGUGUAUGGGGUAGAAAUGAAAUAGUAUGCAGUACUUUACUCUACUGAGUAGUAGAUUAGUUGCAUGGUCUGCACUGCAUUCUGCACUUGGCUGGAUUUACCCGCAGGUGGCAUUUUUAAAACAAAAGAAGGCCAAGUAACCCUGACGAAUGGAAAUUCUUCCUGUCCAACCUAUUUUUCCCCAUGACUACCCUUUUCAAGUAUUUCAAUAAAUAACUGUACUGUGCCGUGUUUCAAA